GGCCUGUCUUGGAUUGGGCUUCCCGUGAUAUUUUCGGCCCGCAAACAACUUUCUCGCUUCUUGAUCCAGAAAAGCUAAUGCUUCUUGACCCAUUCGUCAAAGAUGUAUUAAUCUUUCCACCCACACCCAGGGAAGCAACUAGCUCGUGCAAGACGACGAUCCCCGUCUGCAACGCACACCAACUGUUCGACGAAAUUCCCAUUAGAAUCUCGCUCAACCCAACCAGACCUAAAACGCUGACACCAUGAUCCCCAAGCAAAUUCGGCCAUUGGUGACCACCGCCGCUUUCGUCUUCGGCGGAUUGGUGGCUGUUAACGUCGCCACCACCCUCACCGUCAAUGCUCUCCGCCACGCCACCGAACUCAAGCGGAAAAAAGUUGCUUUGCCAUGUGGGGUUUGCCGGGGGAAAGGGUUCUACAUCUGCAAACUGUGCGGCGGAAAUGCCACCAUCGAAUGGUCGCCUCUGUUCGACCCUGUAGCCAUGAAUCCUUGCCUCUGCCCUACCUGCGACGGCAACAGAGUCCAGCGAUGCUUGAACUGUCUUGGUAAGGGCUACAGUUGAUAAGGUUAGGAACAGAAGUGGUUUUCUGUGGCUUUGAAGUGGGUAGUACAUGUAUUGGUGAGAUUGGUAAUGGGGGAAGUGGGAUUUGAUUAGCAGAUCUAAUCAAUGUCAUUGUCAAUCAUUCCAUGGUGUUUAUGCAAACUUGUAGCUGCUACAAUUCAACCAACCAUCAUAGAGUUAAUGAUUUGGGGUGCUGCUGGAAUCCUCGACUAUUUGUACUUAUUCAAUCAUGUGAAUUUAUUGUCAAAAAAGGGGAUGGCAAUGAUCAUAAGCCAGAUGACAAAACUGACGAAUGAGGGAAUUCAUUUCCUUGUUUUCAUAAUCCAGCUUCAGCAAUCAUGUGACUAUGUCUACUGUCUACCACUAGUUUCUAUGUGGUGUAAAGCAGCACCUACAAUAUUAAUCUCGUUAGCAUGUUGAUGGGUUUGGACUUUGGAGUGGGGAGUUGACGUUUUUCGAAUUAUGUAACCUGUAAUGCAAGUCGUAAGAUGUUCACUUCACAUGUUUUACAAAAAUAUCACUGUGUGUAUUCAAGAAUGGAAAAUACGGAAUUCUGCUAUCCAUUGGUACCAACAUCGCUAAUCCCAGCCCGAUUCGUCUGUCUGCCAUUUUGGUGGUGAACAACCUCAUCCAUUGCACAUUGGUGUCGAGCUUAGUCAUCAAAAUAUCUUCAUAUGCAUAAAAACAACUAGUUCCGUAGACUUGUGCCAAUUCGACGAUGUCAACCCGCGCUGCGGACCCUAACCCCAUCACAACCUAGCAGAAUUCCUUGUUGCGUUGGAUCGACAGAUGGAUUUGUCAACCAUGUGAAAGCAAUGACAAAGGCAAUGUACUUGGCAAACUAUUUGGAGGAGCCAAUCAUCAAAACCACCAUAUAAAGCCUCCUACCCUACAACGGCUCAUCAUCACUUCACAGCACAAACAACACACCAGCACCAGAAACGCACUCUGUCUCUGUCUCUCUCUCUGUCAUUGUCCCACCUCCGCCAUUGACAGAAAUAGCACAUGAAGGGCACAUUCCCUCUUCAUGAUUUGUGCCUACGCGACACCUCCAAGGUGUGCUCCAUGUUGUAUGGAAUGAAGUUAACAACCUCCACCAUAAUUUUUACACAUGACUUCCACGAUAGGACUCCGUCCUUCUUUUGGGCUGUUGCUGACUUGCUGUUGUUGUUCUUCUCCUUGCUCUGUUUUUCCGUUUCAUUCAUCUCGAGUUGUCUCUUUCCCUCCAUAAAGAUUGCAUCUUUCUAGGUUUUCUGGCAUUGGGUAAAGCUAUCAUUUACUUCUUCUUAUCAAAUAUUCCUUCGAGGCGCUAACCCCCUAGUUGACUUUAGGGACGUGGGGAGCCAGCAAAAUAUGUGCCGAUUUUGUGGCAUGGCCGGCUGAGUACUCCACGCCCUUUAAGGCUUUAACUACGAGGCCGGCAGUUACUCUGUUCCAACUAAGUCAAGCAUCAGUUAAAGAGGCAAAAGGUAUUGGACUUUGUUCUCCUAACCUUUUUGCGAAACAGCAACAUUUGACCGGCUGAUCAUCUGGUGGGUAUAAUAAAGUUGGGAAAUGAAUUUUAGCCUCAACCCUUUGGAUCGUCACCGGCGGCGGAUUCAGGACUUGGAUAGAGCACUGGAGCAUAUUUUGAAAAGAGGCAGAAUGGGUUGAGUCGUAGCUUGACAAAACACUUAGACGAUUACCGAAAAUAAAAAAAAUUUACAAGUACUAUACUAGCUUUGAUCCAGAGGAGGGUUGGGUCGCAGCCAGGUGGCGGCCCCCCUGGAUCCGCCGCUGAUCGUGACCUAAACAGAGAAUAUACGGUAUGAACCAGGUUGGGUGUUGGAUGGCUUUCGAUGUGAUCGAGCCAAAUACAUACUUGUUUCGCCUUACUUUUGAUAUUGUCGAAUUCUAACUCAUUUGUAACAAAGAGUCGAUAAAGUU